AAUGCUUGUAAGCAAAAUCCUUGCAAGAAUAACGCAACAUGCCAAGCUGGGUUUACAGACAAAGACUAUCAGUGUUUGUGUGUUGAUGGAUCUGGAUUUAAAGGCCACGAUUGUGAUGAGGAUUUACGUUGUCAAGGAACGCUUGGUAUGGAAAGUGGUGCAAUCACCGAUGAGCAGAUAACUUUCUCGUCCCAAAAACACAAGGAUAACGCGAAAAUUGUAAGAUUACAUCACACAAGGAAGACUUGGAUACCAGAUAAUAAGGAUUCUAAUCCGUGGCUUCAGCUCGAUCUCAGAGCUCAAAACACUGAAGUAACACGAGUAGCAACACAGGGAUCCCGUCAACAUAACAAAUGGGUGACGAGGUACAAGCUACAAUACAGCAACUAUGGAGUGAGAUUUCAAAACUACAAGGAACAAGGAAAAACCAUAUCAAAGGAAUUUGACGGAAACACAGACGAGAACAGUGUUGUUUAUCAUGACCUGAAUGCACCAAUCACAGCAAGGUACAUACGAUUUCUACCAGUGGAGUGGGAAGGUGAGAUAUCAAUGAGAGUGGAACUGUAUGGAUGCGUGAAAGAAUGUGGAAGAUUUCUCGGCAUGCAAAGCGGUGACAUCUCUGAUGGACAGUUAAGCGCCUCUUCAGAGAGAGAUUCUAAACACUCCGCCACUCAGAGCAGACUUCAUUUUGUAAAUCCUGACGGAGCGGGAUCUUGGGCGGCUGAAAGUAAUGGUACGUAUCAAUGGCUCCAAGUUGAUCUGGUUAUUCUGAACACUCGAGUGACACGUAUGGCAACACAAGGAAGUAAUAGACACCAGGGAGAGUGGGUUACAAAGUACAAUCUGCAGUACGGCAACGAUACUGAAAGGUUUCACAAUUAUACAGACCCAGGACAAAACACAACGAAGGAUUUACAGCUGUGUUUACAAAUCUUGGUAAGAUUGGACCAAAGGGUCCAGACGCGAUUGGUAGUCAUUACAAAGAUCAAGAUCAUGACGGAGAAGUAA